AUGUCUUCAGAAUCCUCAGGCGCCGCGGGCGAAGGCCCUGUGCUUUCGCGACCACCCGCCAUGGCCACCACGACCCUCAAAGUCGACGGGAUGACCUGCGGCGCAUGCACCUCAGCCGUGGAGGGUGCUUUCAAAGACGUCGCCGGCGUCGGUGAUGUCUCUGUCAGUCUGAUAAUGGGCCGAGCCGCCGUCCAGCACGACCCCUCCAUCCUACCCCCGGAGAAAGUCGCGGAGAUGAUCGAAGACUGUGGGUUCGACGCGGCGGUCCUGUCGACCGAGGAGCACACAAAUAAAGCCAGUGCCUCUGAUGGCCAGACAGCGCGACUCUCGGUGACCAACUUGGCGGUUGAGGGAAUGACGUGUGGCGCAUGCACUUCAGCCGUCGAAAGCGGGCUCAAAGACGUCCCGGGCGUCAAGUCGGUCAGUGUGUCGUUGUUGUCCGAGCGCGCAGUGGUGGAACACGAUACGGAUACAAUUACGGCAGACCAAAUAGCAGAGAUCAUUGAAGACCGCGGGUUUGGGGCACGGGUAUUGGACUCGACAUCGGCCAUGAAGGGGUAUGAGGCUUUGAAUGCGCUCGAUGUGGCCGACGACAAACCUGGUCUGUUAGUGACCACCGUCGCCGUCGGAGGUAUGACCUGUGGUGCUUGUACGUCCAGCGUCCAAAAUGCCUUGGCAGGUGUCGAUGGAGUCGUCCAGUUCAACAUUAGCCUUCUUGCCGAACGUACCGUGGUUGUGCACGAUUCAGAUGUUCUUUCAGCUGAGCAGAUUGCGAGUCUGAUUGAAGAUGUUGGCUUUGACGCGUCCAUCGUGUCAUCUGAGGCGCAGGUGCCUCUGUCGAGGAAGACGCAACAAGUGAACCUGAGCCUUCAUGGCCUGCAGGACGCCGCCUCUGCAUCUGCGCUGGAGAGUGAUUUAUCACAACGUCCUGGAGUCAAGUCAGCGUCGAUUAGCUUGGCAAAUUCUCGAAUAGUCAUCUCCUUUGACCCUUCAAUAAUCGGCAUUCGGACAGUGGUGGAAGCGAUUGAAGCCAGUGGAUACAACGCGCUCAUGGUGGACUCAGAUGACACAAACGCGCAGCUGGAGUCUCUGUCAAAGACAAAGGAGAUUCAAGAAUGGAGACGUGCAUUCAUUACAUCACUAUCUUUUGCGCUCCCCGUAACUGCUAUCAACAAGGUUAUACCGAUGUGCCUGCCAGCAGUCGACUUCGGCAAAGUUGAAAUCCUACCGGGCCUCUUCUUGGGCGACAUCGCCUGUCUUGCUCUCACCGCUCCUGUACAAUUCGGCAUAGGAAAGCGGUUCUAUAUCACCAGCUACAAGUCUCUCAAGCACCGCAGCCCAACCAUGGAUGUGUUAGUGAUGCUGGGUACUUCGGCUGCGUUCUUCUACAGUUGUUUUACCAUGCUCAUGUCCCUGUUCAGCGGACAACACAAACGUCCAAGCACUGUGUUCGAUACCAGUACGAUGCUCAUCACUUUCAUUACCUUGGGACGCUGGCUAGAAAAUCGGGCAAAGGGGCAAACUUCUGCUGCACUCUCCCGCCUUAUGUCCUUGGCACCAUCCAUGACAACCAUCUAUGAGGACCCGAUUGCAGCCGAGAAGCUGGCCGAGGGCUGGGCAGCCUCUAAGGAUGUCUCGUCAAGCGGGCCCGAGCCGGCACUGGCCGAGGAUAGGUCCGUCAACCACAAAUUCAUCCCUACCGAGUUGAUCCAGGUUGGCGAUAUUGUCAUCCUUCAUCCCGGUGAUAAGGUCUCUGCGGACGGUGUGGUUAUCCGGGGCGAAAGCUAUGUAGACGAGAGUAUGAUCACUGGGGAGGCACUACCGAUCCACAAGAAGAAAGGCAGUCAUGUCAUUGCGGGCACGGUCAACGGCACUAGCUCGAUUGACUUCAAAGUCAUUCGAGCCGGCAAGGACACACAGCUCAGCCAGAUUGUUAAGCUGGUCCAAGAUGCGCAAACCAGCCGGGCACCUAUUCAGCGCAUGGCAGAUAUUGUUGCGGGUUACUUCGUCCCCAUGAUCAUUGGGCUUGGCCUGUUCACUUUCUUUGGCUGGAUGUUCCUGAGCCACAUCCUGCCGAACCCACCCAUGAUCUUCCAGUCGGAAGACGGAGGCGGCACGGUCAUGGUCUGUCUGAAGCUCUGCAUUUCCGUCAUUGUCUUUGCUUGCCCCUGUGCCUUGGGUCUCAGUACACCAACUGCUGUCAUGGUCGGCACUGGCGUUGGCGCGGCGCAUGGUAUUCUCGUCAAAGGCGGCGCUGUUCUCGAGGCUGCUACCAAAGUUACUCAUGUUGUCUUUGACAAAACCGGCACAUUGACUUCGGGCCGGAUGAGUGUUUCCCAGGCACGAAUCGAGCCACAGUGGACGGCGAACGAGCGACGUCGACAACUCUGGUGGCUCAUUGUUGGUUUGGCAGAGAUGGGCAGUGAACACCCAAUUGGACGGGCCAUUCUCUCUGAAGCGAAGCUCGAAUCGGGCCACCCAGGAGAAGACGGGCUGCCAGGGAGUCUGGGCGAUUUCGAUGCAUGUGUCGGCAAGGGCAUUUCUGCACUUGUCGAACCAACCUCCACCGCCGAGCGCACUCGGUACCAAGUCCUUCUCGGCAACGCCGACUUUCUACGAUCAAAAGACGUCGAUGUGCCAGCAUCGGCAGACCCCGACACUCGAAGAGAGCCAGAGUCUGCUAUCCCUAAGGCUGGAAGCACAGUUUCUGGAAUUACGCGGAUCCAUGCCGCAAUUGACAACCAGUAUGCCGGGACAAUAUCCUUGAGGGACAGCAUCAAGGACACGGCGGUAGCAGCGGUGGCGGCACUCCACCGCAUGGGUAUCUCGACCUCAAUGGUGACUGGUGACACAUCCUCCACAGCGCUGUCCAUCGCUUCAGCGGUGGGCAUUCCCGCAGACGCAGUGCACGCCUCCGUUUCCCCAUCCGAAAAACGCGAAAUCAUUUCCUCUCUCCAAUCCACCGGUGACCGCGUCGCCAUGGUAGGUGACGGGAUCAACGACUCACCAGCUCUCGCCACCGCAUCCGUCGGCAUCGCGCUCGCCUCCGGCACAGACGUGGCAAUGGAAGCUGCCGAUAUCGUCCUCAUGCGCCCAGAGGACCUGCUCACCGUCCCCGCCAGCCUCGCCCUCUCGCGCUCCGUCUUCACCCGCAUCAAGCUGAACCUCGUGUGGGCCUGUCUGUACAACGUCAUCGGCCUCCCUUUCGCAAUGGGCCUCUUCCUCCCCUUCACGGGGUUCAUGCUGCCCCCAAUGGCUGCCGGCGCCGCCAUGGCGGCUUCCAGCGUCUCUGUGGUGGUCAGCAGCUUGCUCCUGAAGUUAUGGCGCCGACCCUCAUGGAUGGAAAUUGAUCGGCUUGAGAAGGAGCUCCAGGACGGCACCAUCCCACCCUCUGGUCAUCGGGCCCGCUUUCAUUCCCGCAAGUCUAGCUGGUGGACUCCUGCUACCAUUCUCUCUUCUGGUAGCCCCCGUUCCCUGCGGAGCCGUGUCCAGUACUACGUGUCUGCGACUUGGUCGUUGGCUACUGGGAAGGGUCUCGGCGCCGCCGUGCGAGACGACGAGGGCUAUGUCCCCCUGCAGACGGUCGAGCCGUCUGCUUAA